AUGACGACAUCAGUAUUAGAGACGCCUGUUAUUGAUCAUAUAAUUGCAUCAGAAAAAUAUCGAUUUGAAACAUUUUCUAGUUUAUUAAAUUUGCCAUCAACAACACGUCACCUAUUAGCUCUUGCUGGUUUCAUCUAUCGUGAAACAAAAUGUCUAUGUCCACAAUGUGGUGUUACUAUUGAUUUAACAUCUUUAGAUGAUAAUGCUACAUAUGCUUCAAAUUAUUUUCGAAAAUUACAUCGAAACAAAGUUUCUUGCCUUGGUAAACGUUGUGAAUUUUUAUUAUGUGAAUCAGCUACAAAUAUUGAUGAUCUUCAUCCGCCAUUAGCAUCUCAAAAAGGAGAAAAAUUACAAUGGGAUGAUGCUGAACAACCAGAUUUUAGUGAUUAUAAUGUACGUCUUCAAACAUUUGAUUCAUGGCCUUAUUUACAAGAAGGAGAAAAUACUUUUGUUACACCACAACUAUUAGCUAAUAAUGGAUUCUAUUUUUCAGGUCCGAAUGAUGGUGUUACUUGUUUUUAUUGUGGUAACACAUUGACGAAUUGGCUAGAAGCAAUUCAUGAUACGAAUAAAAACAUUGUUCAACUUGAGCAUGCUCGAUUUUUUCCAUGUCGUUUUAUCACAUAUAAGGCAGGUGGAAAAUUCGUUGCUAAUGCUGGUUAUUUACAUGUUGUAUCUGAUCAAGAACGUCGUUCUCGUAAUCCGAUGACAUCAAACCCAGUGAUAAUUUCUACUAAACCUCAAUCAAUUGAUGAAUGUUUAUCAACAUUUGAAAAUUGGCCUAAUCAUGCUCCAAUAUCAGCUAAAGAUUUGGCUCAAACUGGUUUUUAUUAUUUAGGUGAAGAAUUAAAAGUCAAAUGUUAUAUGUGUGAUCUUGAAGUUGAUGAUUGGCAUUACGGUAUUACAGCAUUUGGUACACAUAAACGACGUCAGAAUAAUUGUGAAAUUAUUCAAGCAAUUCUUAGUACAGAAACAGGUGAUUUUCAAUGUGUUAAUGAAAAAUGGCGUUUACAAACACUUGAUGGUUUAUCAUUUGAAAGUGAUUGUGAUCAACGUUUAUGUCGUGAAUUGGCUGGAUGUGGUUUUUAUCGUUUUAAAACUACAAAUAAUAUUCGUUGUGCAUAUUGUGCUGUUUUAAUUCAACCAAAAACAAAUUCAUCAAUUAUGUCUCAACAUCGAGCUUUAGCUAAACAAUUAAAAAAAUCUUCAAUGAUUGAUUGUAUUAUGGUUCGAGCACAUUGUCCAACGAAUAUUGUUAUACCAGAUCGAGAACGUUUUCCAGAACAUCCACAAUAUCAAUCUGUAUUUGAUCGAAUUGAAACAUUUAAAAAUUAUAAAGAACGUCAUAAAGUUUUGGAUAAUUUUAUACGUGAAAGAGCUGAAGCUGGAUUUUUUCUUGAUACAAUAAAACGUAUGAGAUGUUUUCAAUGUGGAAAUUCAUUACCGAUUUAUGAUAAAAAACUCUUUGGAAGAUAUCCACAAUAUGAUAUAGAAAAAUUACAUGCGCAUUUUUAUCCAACAUGUGAAUGGGUAAAAGAAAUAUUAGGUUUUAAAUAUAUAGCACAAGUAUUAUAUGAUCGUACUAAAUUAAAUGAUAUAGAAUAUCAACAAUCAUAUAAUACACAAUUAUCAACAGUAUCAAUACGAACUACCCUAGGUUCUUUCUCAUCUGUUUCGACGACAUCAGGCAAUACUGAUCAUUCACCUGCAUUUGAACCGAAUAGAUCUGAUUACUCUGCAUCUGAUGAUGAAGGUUAUGAAAUUGUGGCUACACCAUUUAAAUCACAAUUUAUGGAUCACACCUCACCAAUUCAAUCACCAACAUCGCCACCAUCCAUAGCAAUAUCUCAUGAAUCAUCAGUAACAACACCACCACAAGAUUGUACUGAUAUUAUUGCUAGUGAUAGUCAUGGUCGAUGGACAUCACCUAUUCUGACUGAUCAGACAAAUCCAUUUCAACAAUUGGCUAUGGAAUCAAGAUCGGCACCAAUUGAUAUUACUUCUACUGAUAUUUCACCUGUUGAUCCUCCUGCAUCUUUUGCAUACGAAUCUAAUCGAUUAGAUUCAUUUAAAAGACAUAAUCGUGAAACUUUUGCUCAAGUUAAGGUUGAAGAACUUGCAUAUGCCGGAUUUUAUUUAAAUGCUGAAGGUACUAUUGUUAAAUGUCCAUGGUGUGCUGUUGAAUUAACAGAACAAAAAAUUGAAAAUAUAAUACGUCUACGACCACCUAUUCCUGGUUCACUAUUAAAUGAGGAACCAUGGACAGCAAUGCAUGUGCAUAGACAUGCAAAUGGACAAUUAAUGGGUAAAACUCAUUCAUGGUGCCUAUGGGUUAGACGAGAACAAGGUGGACUCUAUCCAAAUGUCAUCAUGACUGUAAGUUUUAUGCGUUAUCCAGAGUAUCGAUCAUAUGCGACAGACGAAAAACGUAUUCAAUCAUAUGAAUAUGAUUGGAUGUAUCCAAGUGGUAGUCUUCUGUCUAAUGUAGCGAUGGCUAAUGCUGGUUUUAUUAAUUUGGGUGAAGGUAAAGUAUGUUGUUAUUAUUGUGGUAAUAAAUUCUGCGAUUUUGAACCACGUGAUUGCCCAUUCGAAGAACAUGCAGUAUUUCAUCCAUUAUGUGAUUAUAUAAUACACAAACGUGGUACAUCUUACAUCGAUCGAGUCUUGAAAGAAUCUUCACGAACUCCAUAUGCAAAACAAAAAUAUGAAACCAAUGGUGCACAAAAAUUUAAAUGUAUUUUUUUCGAUAAAAGUGGUCCAUCACUAAAUAAAAGUAACCGUGUACCAGCAAAACGAAUUAAUUCACGAAUACCAUCAACGACAAGUCCAAAUCCCUUACGUUUAACAACGAAUAAUAUGGAUAUAAUUGAAGAUAGUUGUCAUAUAUGUUAUGGAAAUGUAGCUACAUAUGAAUAUGCUCCUUGUCGACACGGUCCAAUGUGUGGUGAAUGUUUUGCAAAAUUAACUCAACAACAACAUGAAGAAUGUUUUUAUUGUCGUAGACCAGCAACAAUACAUUCACGUGUUGCUGCUGCAACUAAUCAUCAAGUUAUACUUGUUGAUCAAAAACAAGAAUUUCUUGAUAAAAGUUUAAAUAUAAUUGAAACAAGUUUAAAACGUGUAAUUAAAAAAAAAUUUGAUAAAGAUCAAGAAAAUGGUGAAAAAUAUUUGAAUAAUAUUAAAAAUCGUAUUAAAACAAGUUUAAAUGUUAAUGAUGCUGUUAAAUCAACAGAUAUUGUUAUUGAAGCUAUUGUUGAAAAUCUUGAAAUAAAACAAAAAUUAUUUAAACAAAUUGAUCAAUUUGCACCAAAACAUACAAUUUUUACAAGUAAUACAUCAUCAUUACCAAUAACAGACAUUGCAAAAGAUGUUCAACGAAAAGAUAAAUUUGGUGGUUUACAUUUUUUUAAUCCAGUGUAA